AUGGACGAAAAUACAGUUAAAGAGAAUAAUCAACCAGAGCCUGAAAAUGAGCAUAUUCAACUUAAAGUUCGAUCUCCAGACGGUUCCGAAGUCUACUUUAAAAUCAAAAAAAAGACAAAAUUGGAAAAACUCAUGAACACAUAUUGCAGUCGUCUGGGUCAAUCACCAGAAGCAGUGAGAUUCCUAUUUGAUGGUGAUAGAAUUAAAGGAGAUGCAACACCUGAAGAACUGGGAAUUGAAAACGGAGAUAUUAUUGAUGCAAUGGUACAACAGACUGGCGGUACCAUUUAA